CGUGAGAGUUGUGUCUUCCUUCUCUUUAUCAUACAGUAUGCACAUGUUCACAAGUUUACACUGUAAAAUCUCCAACACACACACACACACACACACAUGCAGUCAUGUAUGCAGCUAUGAAACUGUAGUGUGUAGCAUAAAUACACUCACUGGCCACUUUAUUAGGAACAGUCAUGCAAUUAUCCCAUCAGCCAAUCAUGUCACAGCAGCACAAUGCAUAAAAUCACGCAGAUACAAGUCAAGAUCUUCAGUUAAUGUUCACCUCAAACAUCAGAAUGAAGAAAAAGUGUGAUCUCUGUGACUUUAACUGCGACAUGGAUGUUGGUGCCAAUUUAUAUAUUUCAUAAAUUGCUGAUCUCCUUGUUGAUGGUCAGAGGAGAAUGAGCAGACUGCUUCGAGCUGACAGGAAGGCUACUGUAACACAAAUAAUCACUCUUUACAACCGUGGUGAGCAGAAAAGCAUCUCAGAACAUCUCCCAACACAUCAAACCUAGAGUUGGAGGAGCUACGACAUCAGAAGACCACAUCAGGUUCCUCACCUGUCAGCCAAGAACAAGAAUCUGAGGCUAUCAUGGGCACAGACUCACAGAAACCUGACAGUUGAAGACUGAAUUUUAGAAAAUGUCACCUUCUCUGUCAGCAUUAAUUAUGAGCAAAAACGAAAGUGUGAAACUUGUGCAAAAAUUUCAAAAUCUACUGUUAUCAGCCGCCAGGAGGUGCAAGAACCAUCACCAUCAGCAUGUUGAGUGAGAAAAUGGCACUGCGUUUAAAGAAAGGCGCCUGAUACGGAGGAGGGUCAGUGAUGCUCUGGGAUGUUUUGUGCCUCGGAAAUCUUGAAUUCUUCCAAAUCAGCACAGAAAUAGUCAAAAACAAAGAUUAGGAAUAUGAUUAGCAUGUAUUUUAUAUCGUAUAGUAGAGUUAUGGGGCAAUGUUCCUCUCUCAGAUGUUACUUUGUCCCCAGAAAAUUGCUAAACAUCACUAUUUAUGAUUGAAAAAACAUUGUUAAAACUGUGUCUGAAUAUAUUUAUAUAAUUUCUGAGCUAUUACAGUGUCAGUGAAACAUGACUGAAGCGCCUCUUAAAAUGGAAAGCUAUCUGUUAUUUAUUAAAAAAAAAAAAACACCUCUGUGGAUUAUCCUUUAUUCAUUUUAUAUACAUUAUUACGUUAAAACUCUAGCUGCUUCCGGGUGAAACUACACUUCCCAUAGAGCCUGCUAGUCACGUGGUGUCUGCACGCACGGCUCACGCUCACGCUCUCGCCUGCGUCAUCACGUCGCGACCUGCUCCGUGCGUGUGUGUCUGUUCUGAUAAGUUUAGGUCUCUAAUUUGAUAUGAAAUUCGCGACAUGUUUGGCGUUUCCCGGCGGAAAUGACGCAGGGAUGUGAUUUCCUCAUCAGCUCGGGCGAUGGAGGAGUACGUGGUCCUGGGGCAGGUGGGAGAGGGGGCGUUUGGGAAAGCGCUGCUGGUCAGAGAGAAGGCGGGUUCGGGGCGCCGCUGUGUGGUGAAGCAGGUCGGCGUGUCCCGGAUGUCCCCUCGAGACAGAGAAGCAGCCAAAAAGGAAGUGACUUUACUGUCUAAAAUGAAACACCCCAACAUUGUGGCUUUCUUCCAGUCGUUUCACGAGAGAAAUACUCUCUACAUAGUGAUGGAGUACUGUGAUGGUGGGGAUCUGAUGAAGAAAAUCACUUUGCAGCGAGGACAGCCAUUCACAGAGGAACAGAUAAUAGACUGGUUUGUUCAGAUCUGUUUGGGUCUGAAGCACAUUCAUGACAGAAAAGUUCUGCACAGAGACAUCAAAGCUCAGAACAUCUUCCUCACUCAAGGAGGGACAAAAGUCAAACUCGGAGACUUUGGCAUCGCAAGAAUGUUAAACAACACAACAGAGCUGGCAAGAACAUGCGUCGGGACGCCAUACUAUAUUUCUCCGGAGAUCUGUGAGAACAGGCCUUAUAACAACAAAACAGAUAUCUGGUCUCUCGGCUGUGUCCUCUAUGAGCUCUGUACACUCAGACACGCAUUUGAAGGCAGCAGUCUGAAGCAGCUGAUCGUGAGGAUCUGUAGGGGGCGCUACACUCCGGUAUCACAGCGUUACAGUGCUGAACUCAGGCUGCUGCUCACACAGCUGUUUAAGGUCAAUCCCCGAGACCGGCCCUCAGUCAACUCGCUGCUGAAACGGCCGCUUCUGCACAAACACAUCAGCAAGCACCUGGAUCCACAGUUCAUGGAGGAGGAAUUUAGUCACACAGUUCUGCACAGAGUCGAACCUGUAGCACAGCAUGUGAACAAACACACUGCAGUUACACCAAGGCCCGGUCCAGCAGUAAAGCCUGAGCAUCCACUGAACAAGUUGCCUUCCAGACCAGAGCGAAGAUGUGCAGUACCCAAGCCUUGCAUCACACGGAAUAAAAAAGUGACGGGCCAAGCAGCGGUGGUAGAAGUGGGAAAGGCACGAGCAGGAAUGGCCGCUCAGUUUGAGACCAAGCCGAAUGCACAUCUGCAGCACUACAGGCAGCACCGUGACCAUCGGGACCACCUGCAGCACCAGCCACGUCUUCAUCAACCUCCUCUUCUUCCUCGUCUUGCAGCACAAGAACCCAUGGAGCUGGAGAGACCAGCCAACAGACCGAAUGCUCUGGAGCCAUACCAGCUCGUGGCAGCAGCAAGGGAGGAAUACCUGCAGAGAAGACAAGAAGCCAACCAGUACAAACUCAGAGCGGAAAAACAGCUGGGUCUGAGGCCAAGUACAGCAGAUGCUGAAAGGUACAGAUGCCUUGACGAGAGAGCCGCUCCACCUCAGCAAGCCUCACAAGACAAAAUACGGGAGCAGCAGGAGUAUCUCAGGCAGUUGCAGCAAAUCAGGCAACGUUAUCAGGAUGAGAUCAGAGAGAUGAGGCAGAGAGCCGAUCCUGAGGUCCAGCCAAAUGCAGCAGGUGCAUCCUUGUUGGAGCGUCCUACAGAAGAACACACACAUCCACCCAAUGAAGAGCAAAAGCCCACAGAUAUGGAAAAAGCUCUGAGGCAGAUUCUUGAGCAGAACCAGAAAGAGAGGAGAGAGCUGCAGAAAAAAUAUAACGACAAGAAAGGAGUCAUGUUUGAGAUCAAGCUGCAAGAUGACAGAAUGCAGCGUGAAGGAGAUAAAGAACCACAGGAAAUGGAUGAAAAGAAUGAGGAGGAUCCUCUGAAUCAAACACUGAAAUUUGAUGCAGAGCUCAAAUUUUGGAGACCAGCAGGUGAGACCGAAAUCAAGCCUGAAGAAAGAGUUGAGGAAGAAAGGAGCGACGAAGGAGAGAAGCAGGUGAAAAGAGGGAUGUGGCGACACGAAGCUCCUCAGACUCUUCUGAAUGCUCUGGCCAACAUGGAGGUCUCAUCCAUCUGCUCCACGUAUUCGUCCACACAGGUAAAUCAGGAAGAGAAGGAGCGAAGUCCAGACGGGCGGAGAAAAUGGACAGACUGCCCUCCUGAUACACUCCUUAAUGCUCUGGCAAAGGCACAGCUCACCGACUCUACACUGGGAACAUUCGAGCCAUUGGGUGAAGACAGUGUGCUGGAGGAGGCGAGGGAAAAGCUGGUGGAAGAUAAAAAAACAGACGGCGCUGUUGAUGAAGGAGAGGACGACUCUGACGUGGAGGUGGACGAGGAGCGCCUGGAGCCCAGAUCAGAUGACGAUGACACGAACUUCGAGGAGUCAGAGGAUGAGCUGAGGGAGGAGGUGAAGGACUCCAUGAGAAACCUCUUUAUCAUGGAGGAUGAGGAGGUGGAGGAGGGUAGGAAUACAGAGACUCACACACCAGCGGCCCUGGAACAGAGCCAGUCCUAGGCUGAGCAGGGAAAAAAACGAAAAGCCCCUGAACCCAGAGGAGCAUCAGCAUUGGGGAAACAUCACCAGAAUGAUUAACAGUGUCCUGUUUUAUUGUUGCAAAUUCAUGACAUCAAUUAAUAAUAGGGUGUUUGUACUGAAAAGGAGUUUACUAAUGAAAUAAACAUUACAGACACUGUGACAAGGUAUUAGCAUCAAAUGUAUUCUAAUGCAAGUUUAACAGAGUGCUGAAGUAUAUUUACAGGUUUUGAUAUGGAUAGGUUUCUGUGUAAUAGAAACUAUCAGUAAUAGGUAUAUGCUAAUAGUUUUAAAAUAAAUAUUCCCUAAUUAAUUCCCUCUUUCUUUGCAGUAUGGACUCUUGUGACUUGUCACCUGCUACUUUCUGUUUAGCUCAUCUCACGUCUCACACAUACUCAGAUCAUUACUAAAGGAGAGAGAGAAUGAGAUUACAUAAAGAUACACUAUAUGGCCCAAAGUAUGUGCUUCUUCCCCAAACUGUUGCCACAAAAUUGGAUGCACACAAUUGUAUAGAAUGUGUUUGUAUGCUGUAGCAUUACAGUUUCCCUUCACUGGAAGUAAGAGGCCCAAACUUUUUCCAGCAUGACAAUGCCCCUGUGCACAAAGCGAGCUCCAUGAAGACAUGGUGUGUGAAGGUUGGCGUGGAAGGACUUGGACUGCAAUCUAAAAUUAAGCAUUGUGUAACACCUUAUCAUAGCACUCCAUUAACCCAUGAGUUUGGGAGUGGUAUAUACUGGAUCAGAUUACUUCCAACAAUUCAUAAAUUUUGCCUGGUGUGUGUGUGUCACAAAAUGAUGUGCGCUGAUCAAUUAUGAUGCCUUUUGGGAUCCCAAAUUUAUGCAAAACUGUGCCUCAAAUACAACCAGGUGUAUAUCCAAGUAUGCCUCAGCAUCAUCCUGGUGAGAGAGAAGGAGCUUAUUGGUGGAAUAGUGGAAAGGAAGGAAGGAAGGAAGGAAGGAAAGAGGAAAGGAAGGAAGGUAGUGCUACAAGUAUUCGGGUCUGAUUUAUUGCUGAUGUUUUGGUAACACUUUACAUGGAAACACAUUGUAGGUGUUUUCUGCUUUUCCUUGAUGAAUGAUGAAUGAAUGAUGUUUCUAGAAAUGUGCAGGUUGAUAAAUGCGUAAAAUAUCUCGACACAAGAGAUGAUACCUGAUAUAUAACUGCUCGUAAUUUUAUGUGCUCAGGCAGUACAUAGCUCUAUUUUAUAAUUUUCUUUUUAUAUGUGACCAAUUUACUAUGAUUAGAUCACAGUGUGUGGGUUUGAAAAGACCACAUUACCAGUUAAACCCAGAGAAGCUGGAGGAAACCUACACAAACAUGGGAAGAACUUGUGAAACCACACACAGACAGUAACCUGAGUUUAAUAUUGAACCCACUCUUUCUUUCAUUUGAAGCUCAUGUAGAAAAAUAUUACUAGGAUAGCCUUCUUUGAGCUCAGAAAUAUUGCUAAUACAGAAAAAUUAGUUCAUGCUUUUGUUACCUCUAGGUUGGAUUAUUGUAAUGCCUUACUGUCUGGAUGUUCCAGUAGAUGCAGUUAGUCCAGAAUGCAGCAGCCAAAGUGCUUACUAGAACCAGACGAUAUGACCACAUCACCCCUAUCUUAUCCACACUGCAUUGGCCAAACAGCCCCACAGUUAUGGAACAGCCUUCCAAUUAAUUUUCCAGACUCAGACACAGUCUCAGUGUUAAAGACUAGACUGAAAACAUAUUUGUUUAGUCAAAUAUACCCCCAUGGGGUAUACCCGUCUGGACCCGCCUGAUCCAUCCUGAUGGACCCACUUCUACUUGGAGCCUCGCUCACCUGAAAAUCACGCACUGCUGCUGAAGAUGGCCCCACAUGGAUAUCCUACAGAUCACCAUGGGUUUACUGUGGAUUGUAACACACAGACAGCUUUAAGAUGGCUGUGGAUGUGGAUUUCAGCAAUUGCUAAGAACAGGUUACAUUCAAAUCUCCAUCAUUGAACAGCUGAUCAUUUCAGUUUGAAGAACAAGAACAAGAAACUUAAACAGCAAACUCUAAUGAUGCUCAUACUCAAGUUCCUUUUAACACAUUGAGCACUGCUUGACUUUAUAGUAUACAGUUAGAGAUGAGAAACUAUUUAUAAUCGCAGUACUCUCUGUCACCCAGACAAGGAUGGUCUUGGUAUCCAGGGGCACUUCCAGCUUGGGCCACUAGAGGGCACUCUGGCUGUCUCGCAGGACUUCUUCGUCUGUCGUCUCCCUGAGUUCCUGUACUAACCAUGCUCAUGUGUUUUUCAUGACUUUUUUGAUUAUUUGCUCUAUUUAAGUUUUUUUUUUUUUAAUGCUGGAGCAUUGUGUGAAGUCAGAUUAUGUUUUUUUGUUGCAUUUGUUGUAGUUUUCACUAUGCAUAGUCUGUUUAAAUAGUUAUUGUUAAGUCUUAUUUUCUUAGUUUAGCUCAGUUUCUGGUUACACUGCUGUUAUUCUGUCCCUGUGUCUUUUUCCUUGGGUUAUGGUCCCCUAAAUAAAGAGGUUCUUCAUGUGCAUCCAUCUCCAUGGAUUUCCUCGUGACAGAGUCUGGUUUCUUCCUUUCGUUGUGUCGGGGAGUUUUUCCUUGCCAC